AAAUAUAAUAAUUUAUUCUUUUCCUACCCACUUGGUGUUGAGCACUAAUUUACUAAAAGGCAUGGCCGGAUUUGGCUUGUGAAAUAAUUUAGUAAAAAAAAAACCUGCAAAAGUGGUACUAAAUAGAAAAAGUGCUAAUGGCGAUUAAUACAGUCACUGUGCGACUCUCUAAAUAACUGUGAUUAUCUACAUAAAUUGCAAAAAAAAAAAAACAAAAAAACACUAGCUUGUUUACCUUUAAUCUAUUGCUAGAUUAAAUAGAAAUAAUGCAGGAAAUCAAUGCAUGAAGUAAAUAUUAUGACCAUAUAUAAUAUAAUAUUAACAAAGGAAACGGGACUGAUUUGAGUUGUUAUGAAUUUGCCGGACAGUUUUAUCGCAAUGUAUAAAAAGAAAUCUUCAAAUUAUACGGAACCAGAAGUACAUGCGCAUGCUUAUGGAUGCAUACAUAGACAUUAUGAGGCCAUAGUCUACAUCACUGGCUUAUGAGAAAUGUCGUUUGUUUUUUUUUUUUCAAAAUAUUUGCAGAAUAAUUUUUCGUCGUUAAGCGGCAACUCUAAUGGAUGUUACUCUGUGCUCCCAUUGCCCCAUUGCGCUAAAACUUAAUUUUGCUGGGUGGAAGCCUAUUUUUUCUCUAUCCCCUCUCAUUUUUACAAAUACAUACAUACACGUAUGCAUAUGUACAUAUCAAUAAUUAUGUUAACAUACAUAUAAAAUCGAUUUUCAAAGAGCCACGCAGUAAUUUCCUCAUCAAAAUUGUUCGGAAGGUCGUAAUUGCUGUCAUCGUCGCAUUAUCAUCUAUUCGGCAGCACAAAACAUACAUGCCAACAUACCCGAAAACCCAUACAGACACACAUGGCGACAUGUAUGCAUAUAGACACUCUUCCAUUGCCGCUGCUACUGCAAUCUUUGAUUUUCCGCAUAAUUUCCUGCUGCAAACAUAAACACUUGCGUAUAUAAUCGUACAAACCUACAGUACAUAUACAGGAGAAUACCUAAGUAUAUAAAAUGAAAAACGCCCUCUUCUUACAUGGAAUACGUGCUCUCUCUUCAGCCUCAGCCAGCUAUAUAAGACAAAUCUCUGAGUGUCCUAGCGUCAUUCGAGUUUUAACCACCACCGCCGAAGUAGUUACCGUACAAUUUUCAACAGGCAAAGUAGCGAUAUUUUGAAAACGGAGAAGAGCAAACGUAAAUGUGUUAGAAACACCGACAGCUACACCUCUACGGACAGUGAUUUUAGUUUAUUUUCUACAUUUUGCCUAUUGACAUUAGAGCAGCGCUAACAAUAUGCACGUCUUUGGAUAUAAUAUGGAUGUUCAGUAUGCCGCGUCGCGUCGUAAGUUAUUGAGUGCAGAUCAGAAAGCUAUGAUGGAGGAGCACUUUGCUAAAACACAGACACCGCCACCCUCACCAAAUGAAUGCCAAUCGAGUUCAGACUCAACAAUGAACAGCACACGCAUGAGUGGCAAUGAAAUCCCCUCCGAUCCAUCGGUGCGUCGUUAUCGUACCGCUUUUACACGCGAUCAAUUGACACGCUUGGAAAAGGAAUUCUUCAAAGAAAACUACGUCUCUCGGCCACGUCGUUGUGAACUGGCUGCUGAGUUGAAUUUACCCGAGGCAACAAUUAAAGUUUGGUUUCAAAAUCGUCGUAUGAAGGAUAAACGCCAUCGCAUGGCUGUGGCAUGGCCUUACGCCGCCGUGUACUCGGACCCAGCUUUUGCUGCUUCACUACUGCAAGCCGCCGCCAAUAGUGUGGGCAUGCCUUAUCCUCCUUAUCCCGCACCGGGCCCAAAUCCUAUGUUACCAACGCCCGGCAUGCCAAUGCACAAUCCCUAUACGUCAUACCGUUACAAUCCCUAUGGACAAAUGGGCUCAGUACGUCCAGUGCCACCGCCAGCACCAAUGCAGCAGCCACAUCAUCAUCAUCAUGGUAUGCCACCACAUGCAGCCGCUGCAGCCGCAGCAGUGGCAGCUGCCGCAAUGCAUAAUACACCACUUGCUGCAGCCGCAUGUGCCACAAACUAUCCACCAGGCAUGAUGGGUAUUGGCAUGAUGCCACCACAUGGCUAUCCAUCAUUGGAGAGUAUAUCGCCGAAACGUCAUUCACCCACAUUGGAUCUACAAUCAUCUGCAUCGCCGAACUCCUCCACACUGUCAUUGAGUCCAACCGGCUCGGAUCACACCAAAGUGUUUGAUCAUAUGCCACCAAAAACCGCCAUGCCUUUAGUGAAAUCGAAUAGCAUGAGUAGUAACAGUAGCGCCGAAUAUAUUAGCAUAAUCCAUGAGAGCCACAACAACACCAGCGCCACACAUGCAAGUGCCAACACCACAAUAGCGCAUGGUAGUCCCAAUACCACGCUAACAACUUCUUAUAGCAGAAACAGCGAACCAUUGCCUGCCAAUCUCCAAGAAAUGAGCCAUCACCUAACCGCCACACAGUCGGUUGGACUUUUGAUGACCAGCACGAGUACUAGUAAUAAUCAUAAUAUCACCAAAAGUGCGGCUGUUAAGCGACCAGCGCCCGCUUAUUCACCGGCGGAGCGGACAGUUGUCGCCGAGCCAAAACCGAAACUCUUCAAGCCCUACAAAACUGAGGCUUAAGCCUGCUUAAGCGUUUCUUGAUUUGAGACGUGAGGAGCUCAAAUGUGAAAAAGUACUGUGAUAAAAGACAAUUUUGCGUUAUGCUAAGAAGUAAUUGAAAAAUAAACAAAUUUUGAUUUGACAUUAAGUGUUAUUAGUUAUAUACAAACAAACAUACAUAAAUACAUUGAAAACAAUAAUUUGUUGGCCGAGUGACAUGUUCUGAUGGCCAACAACUCAAAAAGCUAAGUGAAAAAAUAUUUAAAAACUGCAAAAAUCAGAAGAUUAUAAAUUCCGAAAAAGCAAUUCAAAGCUCAAGAAAAAAGUGAAAAAUACUCAAAACAAAGACUAAGAGCUCCAAACAAAAAUUGAAAACUCCACAAAAAGUUAGACUCGAAAAAGUUAGAUGCAAAAUACAGAACAUGAAAAACUUAUAAAUUAUAAAUUAAAUAAUCUUAAUAAGCAAAUUACAACAAUAUUGUAAAAGUAGGCACGUAGAGAGUAAGAAACAUAAACAAGCAUUAGAUAAUACACGUGUUCAAAAGUACAUGCAUUCAA